AUGCGGCUGAUUUCGGAGAGGCCGAGGACAUCGUUUCUUUCCUUCGUUAAACCCGGCCCGGGACGAGCUGCGGAGGAGACGGGGCUCCGGGCGAUGCUUGGCUUCGCAUCCUACUACGGCGACCACAUGGUGUUGCAGAAGGAGCCGGCGGGGGCCGUGGUGUGGGGCUACGGGGAGCCGGGGGCCGCGCUGGAGAGCCCGGAGGCGUCUUGUGAGAGAGCAGUGAUCCGCCGCUACCGGGAGAUCUGCAGGAUCCUGCUCCAGCCGGGCCAGAAAAUCCACGCUAAGCUCCAGCAGAAUAUCUUUACGCCUCGAUUCGGCACCUCUAAAAUUAGCUGGAGACAUCUCGGCCCUUCUGGGACGUGGACAACUGUCCUGGACCCUAUGGAUCGAGGCGGUCCCUACGCGCUGACGGCCGGGCAGGGCUCUGAGAACCUGAGGCUGCGGGACAUCUACUUUGGGGACGUGUGGCUUUGCAGCGGGCAGAGCAACAUGGCAAUGACGGUCUUGCAGAUCACCAACGCCAGCCAGGAGCUCGCCGCCGCCGCUCGUUAUCCCUACGUCCGCGUCUUCGCUGCAGCACCUGCCCGCUCCGACGUGGAGCUGGAGGACCUGGAGCGAAUCGACUUGCCGUGGUCCAUCCCGACGGCCGAAAACCUGGGCCAUGGGAAUUUCACCUACUUCUCGGCCGUCUGCUGGCUGUUGGGGCGCUACCUCUACGAGGCUCUGCGGUACCCCGUCGGGCUGGUGGAGGCGGCCUGGGGGGGCACCCCCAUCGAGGCCUGGUCCUCCCGAAGGGCUCUGUGGGCGUGCGGGCUCCCGGAGCGCGGGGAGUUGUCCACCUAUCACCGGCAGAGCCCGGACGACAGCUUCGCCCGUCUCCGCUGGCACCAAACAGCCGACCUGGGGGUUGUCCCCAACGCCAGGAUGCCCGGCACCUUCAUGGCCGUGGCGAUGGAUCUGUGCGAUGAGCGCUCGCCCUACGGCCGCAUCCACCCCCGGGACAAGCAGAACGUGGCCCACCGGCUGCACCUGGGCGCCAGGGCUGUGGCGUACGGGGAGAAAGGCCUAGUUUUCCAGGGGCCGUACCCCACCCGGGCCGUCCUGGAGGUGUCCAGGGGGCUGGGGCUGCUGAACCUCACCUACAGCCAGGAGCUCGUCUGCCGUCGGAGGGACACGCGAGCAUUCGAGGUCUGCUGCUCCAGCCAGCCGUCCCCGUGCGGGUGGCUGCCGGCACUGGUGGUGGCGGUGGAGUCCCGCACGGUGACGCUGGCCCUGGCCGGCUGCGGGACGCUGGUGCUGGGCUUGCGCUACGCCUGGGCCGAGUGGCCCUGCGAGUACGAGUCCUGCGCCCUCUACAACACCCAGGGUCUGCCUGCACCCCCUUUCCUCGUGGACGCCCUGCCCGCGGGGGAAACCCCGGGGCGCUCCGAAACAGCCGGAGGGAGGGAGCUGCUUCUCCUCCCCGGCUCCUGGUUCUCCCGGGGGAUUUAGGCGAGGGGAUGGCGGAGGGAGCUCAGACCUCUCGCAAAGCAGCUCAGGGCUGCUGGCACCGUGCCUUUCCGAUUCGGGGAGGCGUCUGGCUUGAUUACUGUCUUACUAAUUAAGCUCUUUCCAGCUCCUCUUUGGCCUGAAGUCAAGGCUGCAGGGGAAAGAAAAAAAAUGAAAUAAAAAAAGCCCAUUUAAACAUAAUUUUUCAUAAAUCUCAUUUAAGACGAGCAGCAGGACACACUGAUGGGAGUUUAACCCCUCACUGCUGCUCCUCCCCGCCCGCGGAGCUGGUCCUGGGCCCCCCUCCCCCGGGACACCCCAACCUCUUGGGGCACGGACAGCUGACCCCCCACGGCAGGGUGCUCGCAGGAUCCAGGGACCAGCCUCCGUCUACGGGGUGGAGGCGGGGGGAGAGAGGAGCUCUGCCGAAAGAAAAAAAAAACCAACCCCACAACCAAACGCUAAGACUGGGGCUGGGACAUGGAGCUGCA